AUGUCUCGCAGCUCCCCUCCCAGCAUCCACGCAAACAAAGCGGUAAAUGCGUUCGUCGAAGCUCUCGACAUCGCCGUCAUCGCCCAGGUGGCCCUCGGCGCACGGGUGAAGUCUCUCAGUGACAAGCUUCCCAAGGAGAAACCGUCACCGCUGAGUGACCUCAGCUGCACUGUGGUGACUCCUCCACGAGCGGGGGCAUCCAACGUCGCGUACGAGGUGCAGUUCUCCGACGCCACAUCAUGGAUCAUUCGUAUUCCGAUCGACGAAUGGGGGCCCAUCGACGCACGCUGCAUGUGGCUCGACAUUCUCGCGAUAGAAUACAUACAGUCUCGCACAUCCGUCCCCAUUCCAGCGAUCCAUGCCUACUCAUGCGACGUCGACAAUCCCCUCCACCACCCCUACAUGAUCAUGGACAAGGUCCAUGGACGGCUCCUCUCAGAGGUUUGGCACGACGCCUCGUGGUGGACAGACGAGCGACAGAAGGCGCACCUCUUCCAGUCCCUCGCGGGCUUCAUGGUAGAACUCGCCAGGCUUGAGUUCGACCAGAUCGGACGGCUGGACCGCGUCGAGCCGGAUGGGUCGCACUCCAUCUCGCCCUUUCCAUCCGUCGGCGGCCUCUUCUUAGAGGAAGAAGAGGGACCCGACGACGAAUUCGGGCCAUUCAGCUCUACCCGCGAAUAUCUAACAGCUCAGUUAGACGUGCGGCGCGCGAAGGACGACUCCCCCAUGCUCGCGUUCCUCCAGAUGCUCCUCAGCGCUCUUCCGGAGCCCCAGUGGGACGGUGCCCCCUUCUGCCUCGGCCAUCCGGACUUCAACACGCACAACAUCUUCGUCGACGACACCGGCCGCGUCGCCGGCAUCAUCGACUGGGACGGCGUCUUCGUCGGGCCCCGGCAGCUGCAAGCCCUCUCGUACCCCCUGUGGCUCAUCCUCGACUGGGACCCGCUGAUGUACGGGAUGGGGGAGUCGUACCCAGGUGUCGCCCGUGACAGCAAGGACCACCACCGAAGGUUCCGGCAGAUGUACACGGACGCGAUCGGGGCUGCGUCCGGGGGCAGGCUGGCGCCCGUCACGCGCAAUUCGCACAUCGUGCAGACCUUGCAGAUGGCGAUCACGAACGUGUUCGUGACUGGCACGAAUGCCCUCCACCUGGGCACAUUUGUCUUUGGCUCAUUCUCGCUCGCUUCCGACGUGAUCGAGGCCAUCGGCCACAGUGGGUGGUACACUGCGAAGCCGGACGAGGUUGCGGAGGUCAAACUAUGGGAGAGCGACUUGCGGCGCCUGGAGCACAUGGAAUACGGUGAAGAAGACCUGCAUGAUAAUGCGGCCUCACAAUCGGUUGCCAGCGGAGACCUGGAGGAAGGCCCGGGCGGUGCUGUAGUCACCAAGGUGCAUGCUAAAGCCCGACUGUCAGGCAAGGCGGCACAGGGGCGUGUAUCAUAG